AUGACUACUGAUGUUAUUGACGAGCAUCGUUUUUCAAGUCAAUGUUCUCUCUAUGAGCCUAAUAAUCAUCGAUUGUCGAAAGAAACAAAACAUUAUGCAACAGCGGCAUCAACAAAAACAUUAUUCGAAGCAUCAUCAACGCCUAGAAUCAAUCAUGUAACUCGUUUAAAACAAUCUAUUUCACCAAAUAUAACGGCAAACCCUACAAAUGUUAACAAUAUUCAGAAUCGUCAUUCAGCAUCUAAUGAUUUACUCUCAUUGAUUCGAUCAGUCGCCAUGAAACCUUUUAAAACAUCAUCUACAGUAAAUACCGUAACCGAAGGACAAACAACAAUUAACGCUGUAGGUGGUAAUCAUGUACAUGAUAAACCACCGGUCAGUCUUUUAAAAUAUCGUCCAUUAAGUGACAGUGUGAGCGAUCGUACAUCUUAUUCACAAUCAAACCGUGAAACUGGAAAUUUUCUUAAACGCAUGGGAUGGCCAGUGAAUUCGACAACGGAUGAAGCACGUGUUAAAUGGAAACUAGCAAUGAAAUUUUUAAUUCCAAUGAAAUUUGACGUUGAUCGAGCUAUUAAUUUGUAUAGAGCUCACGAAACGAUACGUAAAACUGAAAAUCUCGAUCGUAUUUGGAUUAAUAAUCCAAAUCUUAUUCGUGAAAUUCAAUCAAACAAAUUUUUCUCGUUGCGGCAAUUACCAAAUCAACCAUUGAAUGUUUAUUUUACAGCAGCACAAGUUAGUAAUGGUUCAUCAACAAAUUCGCUUUCACAACAAGAACGAGAAUUAAUUUCCUUACAAGCAUUAAUUUGUCAACUUGAUGUUGCUACUGAAAGCGUGGAAAUUCAAAAUAGUGGUUUAAAUUUUAUCUACGAUAUGCAAAGUUGUUCAGCAUCUCAGUUUGAUAUGAAUCUAAGUAAAAAGAUUCUAAGAUUAGUUCAAGGUAAUUAUCCAGCAAUGGUAAAAACUAUCUUUAUCGUUUCAGCACCAAAAUGGUUCAAAAUAGCCUAUAAGGUAACAAUGCAUUCAGCAGAUCAAAUGCGUGACGUACUUAUAACACAUUAUGGUUAUUCAUUAAAUGAUCUUCCAACAUCAUUAGGUGGUUCAUUCGAUGCAAUAAUUGAUGGUGAUAAUCGUUAUCAAACGUGUUUAUCAACAAUAAUGGAUUCUCAAUCAAUAUGUCAUUCAUAUUAUUCUUUGGAUUAUCAACCUGUCACAGCAAAGCCUACGAGUAAUAUUCUAUUUUUUAAUACUGAUCAUUAUCAUCAUAAUCAAAAUCAAGACGCAACGUCUUCACAAACACCAACAGCAUCUGUAGUAUCCUCACCCUCAAAAUCAUUGGUUGCUAUUGUUCAGUUAAGACGAAAUCAUGAUUUAUCAGCGUCAUCAUCACAAAUUCGUGGAAGAAAACGUGAAUCAUCAUCAUCGACUGAUAGUGAAAAACGACGUCGAUCAAAUGAAAGUCUUAUUGAAGAAGAGCCACCGAAGAUGCGAUCAUUAAUUUAUAUUCCACAAGAAAUUUCAUCCAAGUAG